AUGGUCUACAGAAAAACACGUUGGAAAUGGCAUGAAUGUUUGCAAGCACGGAAUGAAAUAAUCGACAACGAUUCCGAAUGUGACAGUGAUGAUUAUCUUGACAAUGGGUCGAUCACAAUAGAAUGGAAAAGCUCCAUUGAAGAACAUGAUCAAACAAGUUCUCUAGUCAGAAUGAAUGCGAAUGACGAUAUUCUAAAGCAGCAACAAAAAUUGAAGGAAGAAGCAAAAAUUGCGCUUGUAUUAGGUGCAAAGAUGGCUCGGAUGCAAGUCGAACUGGAACGACAAAUAUUGGAAAAGAAACGUUCAUCACUCUAUGACCUCAUGGAAAUCAAUAUUGACAUGGAUAAGCCUUUAACAAGUGAAAUUCUCGAAGAGAUGAACAUUGGUCAAUUACAAGCAAUUAUCAAUGAUUUAUAUUGCUUGAUCGAAGAUAAUAAUGAUCAGUUAGUGAGUCUGUUGAUUGAAAGAGAUUCAUUAAGUAUGGAACAAGAUUCGAUUCUUGUCGAUAUUGAAGAUUUACAAAAACGAGUUCAAGAACGUACCAUGAACGUCUCGUCAGUCUGCGAGUCGAAAGAAUAUGUUUAUAUACAAAAACGUCCACAAGAAACUCUUCCGAAAAAAUCCAUUUUUCAAAAUCUUCUACGGAAAGCUAUGAUUAUUUGA